AAAACAUGGAAAAUCACAAAGUAGAAGUGUAUAUUUACGAUUUAUCUGGGGGUCUGGCGUCCCAGCUAUCCCCGAUGUUAAUAGGAAAAAGGAUUGAUGGCAUUUGGCACACAUCUAUCGUAGUCUACAACAGAGAGUAUUUCUUUGGAUCCGGUGGAGUUGAAAGUUGUAACCCUGGUUCUACUGCUUUAGGGCAUCCUAAGGAAGUGAAACAUUUAGGCGACACUCAAGUACCAUAUUCAGUCUUCAUUGAAUAUCUUGCAGGACUGUCGCGGUCAUCGUACAACGGACAAUCUUACAACUUGUUUACGCACAAUUGUAACAACUUCUCGGAAGAAAUUGCCCAGUUUCUUUGCGGAGCCAGCAUUCCCAAAUACAUCCUUGAUUUGCCAAACGAAGUGUUAAACUCCAGUUUGAAUACGGCUGUUGCUGCACUAGUAGGGCAGCUCGAGAAAAGUGCCAGACCAAUCGCAGAAGAACAGCAGCGCUUUUCCAGAGAGAAUUCUCCAGAUCUUUCCAAGGAAAUAGAAGAAGCCAGAUACAAUAGUUUUCUACUAGAAGAACGCCGGAAAACGCUAAAAGAAAAAUUAGCGAAAAAGGAACGGAAGCGGGAAAAGAAACGUAGAAAAAUUUUAGCAGCCGGUGGAGUUGUACCAGCAGACUUAGAAGAUCUAACAAUGGCCGACACAGAAGCACCACUUAACGGGGCACCGGAGGCCUUGCCCUCUGAGCAAGCUUUGGCUUUGGAAGAAGAGGAAAGACGAGAAGAUGAGGAAAAAAAGAAAUCCAGAGAACCUCCUAUUGUUUACAAAGAUUUUGUUAAUGUUAAAGAAGAAUUUGAUUCGUUGAUAGGACUCAUUGAUGGAAAAUUGACCGCUGAAGAGCAAAAAUCCACAGAAGAGCUGCAACAAUAUAUGUUAGGAGACGAAGGAAGUUGGGCGUUGGGUGACGGAUUUUUAGAUUUUAUCAAUCGAUUGUUAAACGACAAACAACUGCCAGUUGAAGUUAGAGUAAAAAUUUUGAACAUAUUGGCUAUGGCUGCAUUGAAAGAUGAUAUAAUUUUAGUCCUCCAUACUGACAGAAAAGAUCAUAUUUUGAUGAAUUAUGCCUAUGAGAUUGAUCGAUUAAGCCGCGAAGAACAAGAAGCCCUCUCUUUAUUUGUAGCUAACAUGUUUGAAAAUUUGAGUUCAUCAGAAUGGCUUCUGUACAUCUCAGAGUGGCCAUUCAAUAAUCAGCAAAUCAGCAAUAUUAGAGUUACAACAAAAGUGGCAGUGCAUUGUCUAUUAGCUGAAAACACUGUUCUCCAAGAUAGAGGUGCCGCGAUUAUUCACAACCUGGCAACCAAGGAGGUAAAAUCUGUGGUGUUUGACGAUAUAGCCGUAGAAGUGACGAUGGCUCUACUUCAGUAUUUCAACCAAAAGCCGCCGGAAGAACAGUUGUUCCGAUGCAUGAAAGCAUUAGCUCGUUUUGCGGAAGUAUCCAGACAAGAAGUGCCCCAGUUAAUUCAGAUGAUUGGACCGGAUCCUAAAACCUUUAAAGGGACCAGCGACAGAAUUGAUCAACUUAUUGAUCAGAUUAGCGCUAGAAUUCAUUAAAAGUUUAUUUUUUCUCUAAGCACAAGCCGAAAAGUCGAGCUUGUAUCCUUCUUCGUUUGAUCCCAAGUGGUAAUAGUUGGAUUUUUUAUGUUUACCUUUUUUAUAUUUAAUUGAUCUUUUGUACUGAUUUUCGUUAUUCAAGUUGUUAUAGUUAUUUGUACAUUAGAAUUUUAUAGGCUGUUUUUUUAAUAUACCAUUAUUUAUUGUAUGAAUUACAUGAUUGUUAACGCC